GUGACCGCGACCGUGACCGAGGGCUGCGCGGAGACCGCCGCCCGGCGGGCGCGAUGGGCGAGGAGGCGGCGGGGGUGCGGCCCGAGCUGGUGCGCGAGGCGGAGGUCAGCCUGCUGGAGUGCAAGGUGUGCUUUGAGAGGUUCGGCCACCGGCAGCAGCGGCGGCCGCGCAACCUGCCCUGCGGCCACGUGGUCUGCCUGGCCUGCGUGGCCGCCCUCGCUCAUCCGCGGACGCUGGCCCUCGAGUGUCCCUUCUGCCGGCGGGCCUGCCGGGCCUGCGACACCAGCGAUUGCCUGCCGGUGCUGCACCUCCUGGAGCUCCUGGGCUCCACCCUGCACGCGUCCCCGGCUGUCCUCAGCGCGGCCCCCUGUGCGCCCGGGCUUCUCACGUGCCACCACGCCUUUGGCGGGUGGGGGACCCUGGUGAACCCCACGGGUCUUGCGCUGUGCCCCAAGACCGGACGGGUGGUGGUUGUGCAUGACGGGAAGAGGCGAGUCAAGAUCUUUGACUCCGGAGGAGGAGGCGCACACCAGUUUGGAGAGAAGGGGGACGCCGCGCACGACGUGAAGUACCCACUGGAUGUCGCCGUCACCAACGACUGCCACGUGGUUGUCUCCGACGCCGGCGACCGCUCCCUCAAAGUGUUUGAUUUCUUUGGCCAGGUUAAGCUGGUUGUGGGGAAACAGUUUUCCCUGCCCUGGGGGGUGGAGAUCACCCCUCAGAACCAGCUCCUGGUGACUGACGCGGAGGCAGGGUCCCUGCACCUGAUGGAAGUGGAUUUCCCGGAAGGGGUCCUCCGGAGGACGGAGAGGCUGCAGGCCCAGCUGUGCAAUCCCCGUGGGGUGGCCGUGUCUUGGCUCACCGGGGCCAUCGCCGUCCUGGAGCACCCCUGGGCCUUGGGGACAGCAGGCUGUGACAGCACAAGGGUGAAGGUGUUCAACCCCGAGAUGCAGCUGAUUGGCCAGGUGGAUAGCUUCGGGCUGAACCUCCUCUUCCCCUCCAAAAUCACUGCCUCAGCUGUGGCCUUCGAUCACCAGGGAAACGUGAUUGUCGCCGACACCUCCGGGCCAGCCGUCAUCUGCUUGGGGAAGCCCGAGGAGUUUCCAGCCCUGAAGCCCGUGGUUACUCAUGGUCUUUCCCGUCCUGUGGCACUGGCCUUCACCAAGGAGAAUUCCCUUCUCGUCCUGGACACAGCAUCCCACUGUAUAAAAGUCUUCAAAGCGAUGGAGGGGAAUGGAGGGUGAGGGGGAGUCUGGGGCCUGGAGUCUUCGGGAGUGAAGCGCACCAUGGAUGAGUCAGUUAUCACUCAUCCGUCCAGGCAGGGAUAAUGGUCACUGCCCGGCAGAAGUACCGGAUUUGAGGCAGUUAUUAAAACCUAAUAAUUAAAUGUGUCAUUCAGUGAAUGCCUGCUCCCCAUGUUAAGAAAUUUGCAAAUCUUACCUCUUUUGCUCCUUAACGUGCAGUGAUGUAAUUUCUAUUAUUAGUCCCAUUUUAGAGGUGAGAAAACAGACCCAAAGAGCUUAAUAUGAUUUCUUUAGUGGUGUAUCUACUGGGACAGUAUCAAAUUGAACUCAAUUCCGACUCCAAACCAUUUGCUCUUAAAUAUGAUGCCAGACGUCAGGGAAAAAAAAUAAAAACAAAACGUGAGCAUGUCUUAUGCAUGCUCUCCUUACAAGCAGCUAACUGACUUCAGUGCACAAAGAAACAAAAGGAAGGGCUCUCCAGUGAUUUUUAAAAGAAAAGGGAUUCUGUGUGUUGUCAGCUGUGAGGUUCCCCCCCGUCCCCCAAGGCAGAGUAGAUGGAUUAUUAUAAAUCCCAAGAUUUGAACUAGAAACAAAGUUGCGCUCUUACCUUAUAAAGCAGAAGUUGGCUGCCUGACAGUGUGUAUCAAUCACCCCAGCACCUGCAAAGUGGAGACAGGAAGUUCAAUGCCACCUACAGCUACCUAGUAAAGUUGAGGCUGGGGUGGGCUUCAUGAAGUCUCUUUCUCUCAUUCCCUGAGUGAUAGUUUGAGAAAGGUCUGCAAAGCCACUUGUGGGCUAGUAUCAUGGGCAGAUGAGACUCUUGUGUUAAUUAGACGUCGCCCCGGUACAUUCGUGGCAGAAGUGAUCUUGUUCGCCGUAUGGUGAAUCUCUGCAGCCUGGAGUACUCUGUGAUGGAAUUUCCUCUGUGCAAUUUAGAAUGUGGGCCAAACACUGUAUGCUCAAUAAAGCACUGCAGACGUGUCUUGGACCGAAGCACAGCCUUGACCAACGUAAGGACGCCUUGAUGUUGUAGUUAAGGAAAGGAACAGGAACAGGGACUGAUCCUCUGUACACUGUAUUUGUUUAAGCAAGUGCAAAGAACAAAUAUCUUUGAAUUUGGGGCCGUUGGAAUUAUACCAAAUAACUUAGAGCUCUAAAGCGGCACGAAAAAUGUUUCCUGGGGAUGUGUUUGAAAGGCGAGAGUUUGCUUUAGAUAAUAACUAAUGCUGUGUCAACAGAAUGCUUCUUUUAUUCAGAGAGGCUGUUCGUUGUUGAGACAGGGUCUUGUACGUCUUAACGCUGGCCUUGGGCUUGCUCUGUAGCCAAGCAGGGCCUUCAGUUUCUGAUCCUCCUGCAUCUGUCUCCCAAGUGCUGGAUUGUAGGCUCGCUCGGCAACGCCCGGGGUCCUGUGGUGCUAGAGGUAGAUGGGACCCAGGCUUCAUACAUGCUGACAAGUGUUCUUCCAACUGACGUACAUCUAACCCUAUAAAGGUUUCUUUUGCUCGGUUGGGUUUUUUGGUUUGGUUUGGUUUUUUGAGACAGGGUUUCUCUGUGCAAUAGCCCUGGCAAUUCUGGAUUUGUAGACUAGAUUUGUAGACUAGGCUGGCCUUAAACUCAGAGAUUUGCCUGCCUCUGCCUCCUGAGAGCUGGGAUCAAAGGGGUGUGCCACCACCGCACCACUACAAAGACUUUUAACAGAGAUGAUGGGUCCACUGAAGACCGCCUCAAACGCAUGAGUGAGAUAUCUUCCAGAAGAUAUGAAAGCUGACAUUAGGAGUCCAAGCAAGCUGAACGCCAGAUGAUUAGAAAUGCUGAAGAGUUAGCAGAUAAUCAAGGUCCUGGCAGACUGUUCAGGGUGCCGAUGCGAUGAAGGAGAGCUGAAAUGAGAGAAGAACAUGGCUGAGAGUGAAGAAUGAAGGCAUGUUGUCAAGUGAGACCACAGAAGCAAGCUCAGGGCCCACACCACUCCUUCCCUGCUGGCACCUGAGCUGACUCUGGCCUUACUCUGCCCUCUAGAUCUGGCUUUCCCCCAUCUUUUGGCUUUGGCAUUUCCUAAGGAUGGUUCGGAUUCUUAACUCAUUCUUCUAGCGACCCUGGCAUUGGUGUCUAGGACUCAGACUAUCGAAUGUGGUAGGCCCUUCUUCAGACCUGUCUGGGCCUCCACAUGGAGGGGUGCACACCCCACUGGAGAUGGAAGUAUAUGAACUCUUUGAGGAAGAAGCAUAAUCCAACAAGCAAGAACUGCUGAUGGCCGAAGAUUUAAUAUUCCUUAUGCUUGGCACACACAGAAGAAAUACAUCCUGGUGAUUAAUGUUCAGUUGGUAGUGUCAUGCCAUGGUUAUUCUCAUUGCAUAAUAUGUAGAAGAUGUGAUUGGAAGCUGGAAAAAAAAAUCACGUCAACCACUGUAGUGCACUGUUAUGGUGUCUCUGCCAUAGGCCCUUAGGGCAUAGGCUCUGUGUUGGCGACUCUCUCUCCCUAAGGGCCUUCCAGUGAUGCAGACUUAGUACCAGUCCACCAAGCCCUGGCCAACCCUUUCCUGAGGACUUCCCACAGUUUUUGUUUGGUUUUGGGAAAUAGGGUCUUGUGUAGCCCAGGUUGGCCUUCAACUCAAGAUGUAAUUGAGGAUAACAGUGAACUUCUGGUCCUCUUGCCGCCACCUCCUGAGUGUUGAGGUCACUGGCCUACUCCCCGGUGCCCAGUAUGAUGCUGGGAGAUUCGUGCAUGCUAGGCAAGCACUCUACCAAGUGAACCUCCUCUCUAGCACCUACCAAGGGUUUUGGUUAAACUAGGAGCAUGGGCUGGAGACAUGGCUCGGCUAUUAAAGGCUAGGCUCACAGCCAACAAGAAAGCCUAGGAAGGAGGCUGCAGAUUAGCCUGGGGUGGUCAGGGUUCUCUUUAAAAGAUAAACAAAGGAAAACAAUAAAACAGAACAAAGGAAUCUAAUUUGGUUCUUGCCCUUGAAAUUUGGAUUUUAGGGAGAUGGAGCAAAUGGAGGGUGAUGGAAACAGGCCACAGAGGGGAGUUAGCCGCCGGGAACAAGGCAGAUCACAGUGACAAGUCUCCAGGCGGAGAAAGAAGCCUAAUGGAAGAAUCGGCUGAGGAUGUAUUGGAAGGCCAGGAGGGUGGCUCAGCCAGUGAAAGCCACUUGUCACCAAGCCUAACUGCCUGGGUCAGAUCACCAGGACCCACGAGAUGAGAGAACCGACCUCUGCAAGUUGUCUCCUGACCUCUGUGUUCGUGCUGUGGCAUUUGUACAUGCGCAUGUGCAUGUACAGACACACACAAUGUAACAACAAAAACCCCACAGUACAGAGGCUUCCAAUCAGGUCGACCACAAACCUUUAGAAUAUUGAUCGCCGGAGCUGCCGAGGCUCCACUUUGCCUCUCUGUAAGAAUCACUGGUACUAUGGUUUCUGUCUUUAGAAUCCCCAGAACUUUUGCUUACAUCUUAUGACACUUUAUAAGGUUGUUUCUCGUCUUGUAGUAGCGUUACAUCCUGAAAACCCACCAUUAGUUGAAAUCAGGGCAAUGCGAGAAAACAUCCAAUGCACCAAAACCCAAGCCUUCCACCCCAGCCUAGCAUCACAGCACACUAUGCCGUGUCAGUGACUGCCCUCACGGAACAGCUGACUGAAAGCUUCGGCAUCAGAAGAGAAUCCCGCACGGCAUCUGUCUAUGUUAAGGUCAAACUUCAAAACUGGAAUUACACCUCUCCCUGAACAUGUAACACUUUCACAGCAUCAAAAAGUAGAAAAGUCAUCAUUGUGAGUCGAGGCUGUCUAUACGAAAUGCUUCGCUAGUUACUCUAACCUGUGUGGAAUUUUCUGCUUUUUGCAAAGGAAGUAUCUAGCAAAGUUCUCUUUCUCUUUCUCUCUCUCUCUCAGAUAAAGUCUUAACUGUGUCUUGCAGCCUAGGUGGUCCUCAAAGUUGCAAUCCUGCUUUCUCCUAUGCCUCCCAAGUGUGGGGAUUUCCAGAGUCAGCUCAAAAGUUAUCCUAUUUGGCUGAUCUGUUUACAGGAAAUUGGACUUAAACCUACAACUUUUGGUGAGGAGAAUAAAAACUUAAACGUGAAGGGAGCAGAACCUUCCCAUAAACACAUCAACAGUCCUGGUGUCCCUGAGGCCAGGGCACAAGAGGAAACUCCCAUGCCAUGGGUCUGAGUAGGCAAGUUAUAAAAUAAGACACACUGAUCUUCCUACUUUGGCAAGGUAAAUAUAUAUAUAUAUAUACUAAUAAUUGACGCUCAUUGUGAGCUGGAAAGUCAAAUUACAUUUUUUGAGUAUUUGCAGGUUUUCCUCAAGGCAGCAAUCCUGCAUUUUAAGAAAACUGUGCUGACACACACCUGUAAUCCUGGCACUUGGGAGAUUGAGGCUGGAGAAUCGUAAGUUCGCAAGUUCCAAAGCUAGCUUGGACUCCAGCCCGAGACCCAGUCCCAGACACACUGAAACAUGCAAGCACUUAGGUCAAGCUGAAAUGUAUUUAAAGGUUAUGAAGAACCGACAGACUUCCUUUUCUAUCGGUUUUUAAUUAGCAUGAAAUCCCUCACGGAAGACAGCUGUGCUGUUCAGAGCUAUGUGUCCCUCCUGUGCCUGACACACGGUAGCCAUUCAGAUCUGUUUCCUGAAUGAGUGCGUUUUUCCCAAGGAAACUUUCUAGAUCCUGUUUUCCACUCACUGAUGAAAAGUGAAGUGGUGCAGGCAGUGGGGGACCUUGGAGAAGUGGUUUCAGGUGAUCUGUGCUGGGUUUGCUGAGCGACUCAGGGACACAAGCAUUGCGGUGGCUUUGUGGUAGCCUGGGUUGGCUUUGUGUGAAGAACUUUGUGUUCACAGUCACCAUCCUUUUCUGUCUUCACCCACAUACCAGGAUGUUGAAAUCCUGGAGUCUCAGUCUCCCAUCUCUGGACAACCCCCAGACAACUAGAGGCAGCACUGCCGGUUAACUCUCCCGUGUCAGAAAGCAAUUUCAAACAGCUCUGGAAGGAACUGGGUGCUCAUGGGUCACAUGUCUGGCCAUGCCUGGAGCACUGCUGAAGUCACCUCCAAGUUGAUGUUGGCUAAUAAUGGGUGUAUAAUGUGGCCGCUGCCUUCCCCGGGAAUGAGCCACAUAGGAAGCCUGGCCACGGGCAUUUGCGGCCUCCAGGCUACAAACCUACUACCUAGAGUGUCCAUUACCAUCGCUGACAAACAGCCCCUAUUUCACUGAAAAGUGGUCACAUUAUAGGACCUUACCUCCUGGCAAGAGAUCUUGGCCAGAUCAUUGACUUAACAAAGAGUGACGCAAAAGCAGCUGCAGGGAAAAAUCUAAAAUCAUUUGCAAGCCGUUUUUAAGUGACCAUGUGAAAUUGUGCUUCAAGCCACUUAGUUUUAGGAAUGGAAAGGAAGCCCAACAUUUUCUAUGUACUCAAGCUCCAAAUGAGGCCUAUAGAAACAGCAAACUGGCUGAGGCCAUACAGUUAAGGAAGGGUCAACCAGGGAUAGGCUCCACUUUGACCCAUCCAGUGGGAGAGGAGUUGAAAGUCAACGGCUGAGAACACACACACACACACACACACACACAGGCACAGUAGACAAGCACACAUGCACACACCUCUUGAGCUUUGCAACUUUCCUAAGUGAACUUUCUUUUUUUCUUUUUUAAGAUUUAUUUAUUAUUUAUACAACAUUCUGCCGGCAUACCAGACCUUACUAUAGAUGGUUCUGAGCCACCAUGUGGUUGACUGGGAAUUGAACUCAGGACCUUCAGAAGAACAGCGAGUAUUCUUAACCUCUGAGCCAUCUCUCCAGCCCCCCCCCCCGUGAACUUUCUUUUUGUUGUUUUGUUUUGUUUUUCGAGACAGGGUUUCUCUGUGUAGCUCUGGCUGUCCUUUGUAGACCAGGCUGUCCUUGAACUCAAAGAGAUCCACUUGUCUUUAGAAUCCCCAGAAUUUUCUGCCUCCUCUAGUGCUGGGAUUACAGGUGUGUGCCACUGUGCCCAGCUAAACCCUGGUAUUUUUGAUUUGGGAAAAUGAGAGGGUUUUAUUUAUUUAAUGUGUAAGGAUGUUUUAUCUUCAUGUAAGUCUGUGCACCUCACGUGUGCAGGGCCCAUGGAGGCCAGAAGAGGGCACUGGAUCCCCUAGAACUGAAAGUACAGAUAGUUAUAAGCUGUCAUAUGGGUACUGGACAUUGAAACCAGGUCCUCUGGAAGGGCAGCCAAUGCUCGUAACCAUCAGUCCAUUUCUGUAACACAGAGAAUGGCUAUUUUUAACACUCUUUGCCCACUGAGGUGAUUUCUUUGUUCACCCAAGGUUGGGUUUCCCUUCUCUACCUAACUAACAUAGAACCUAAAUUUCCCUUUAUGGUGUCAUUUCCACUAUGCCCACUGUCCGCAUCCACCCCAGUGAUGUUUCAGGGGAUGAAGAGCAUCACCGUUUGCAGGAUUCAGAGCCUAAGCUCGCAAUGAAAACAGAGUCUGUCCACUUCUGGCUGACGCAUGGUCUUUACACUGGUCCCUUCUUUGACAAACUAGAGGGAGAGACUACCAAAGAUGAAGGGACUUGCCUAUGAGCUAGAAGAUCUUCAAUAGGGCUUUGGGGAUAAGGUUUCAUGAUGGGAAUCAAAUUCAGUGAAUCUCUUUAAGUCAACUACUUUCAUUGUAAAAAAAAAAAAAAAAAAUUAAACGAGCUAGCUUUCAGAAUUGCCAGUAAUCUGUAGCUUUCUGACCAGACUCUUAGGUCCAACUCAAUGUUGGGAGCAACUUCAACAGAUAAACGCCAAAUGGUAGGCCAACAAGACACCCCUCUCUCCAAACUUGGGGACCGCAAAGUUCUCUUCUAGGUCACCAUCUUGUCACCUAAAAGGAACAGAAACAAUAGAAUGUAUGUAUGUAUGUAUAUGCAUGUAUUAUAAGAGGAGAUUUGUAGAAUGGCUUACAUCAUAGGAUUUGAGUAGGUCAACAGUGGCCAUGUGCAGACUCUAGCAGAGAAAUGGUAGCUGCUUACCUAGUCCAUGAAGCCUCGACAGUCCACGUCUGUUUGUUGAAGGCCUAGAGGAAUCCUGGAGAGCUACUGGUACUCGUCAGCCUUGGAAGGUGGAAGAAGCUUCAGGCUGAGGCAGCCCCAGCAUUAUCAUCAUCAUUAUCACCAAAAUCGUCAGCAGCAACAGCAGCAGCAGCAGCAGCAGCAGCAGCGGGGCAGAUGCACUCAGGAAGGAGUGGAAGCAGGCAGGCAGGCAACACUGCUUUUCCUUGGACCUCUCCAUGUCUGGCCGCCUGUGCUGCCCACUCAGAUUUAAUCCUCUCCCUUCGUUAAUCCUCCUCAGAAUGAAGCUCACAGGCACACUGGAUAUGGCUCUUCUAGGUGAUUCCAGUCACAAUCAAGGUUAGCUAACAAGGUUCUUUCCUUGGAGGUUAUUUAUUUAUCCCCCCCCCCCGUUCCCCUGACUAUAGAAAUAACAUGUUUAUUGCAGUGCUGGAAAAUACAGCUAAGCAUGAAGAUACUUAAGCACUUUCAAUCAAAAACACAAAAACCAAAAAAACUACCAUUACUGUUUUUGCAUUGAGUUGACUAUUGCCAGCCCAGGAUUAGUGUUCUUAGAAAUCACGUCAUAUGCCCAAAUUUCAUAAAGCAGUCAAUACGUACACAAGCCACAAAUACUCCUGUCAAAGGGGGAAUUUUAGGGACAUGCAACUAAACAUGGGAAGCAAAGCUCCGUGGGGAUGGGAGAGAGCACACAGACAGCAGACAUCUGCCCUCCUCACGUCCCAGCACCCUGCAGUUCAGCAGGAUCACGUGGCCAGUUCUUCCUGUGAUGUGAGAGGACAGGAAGAAAGAAGACAAGAGUGGGGCAGAUAGAUGUUGAGUUGGGCUCUCAUGUUUCACAACACAAGCAUUGUAAUCUGCACAGAUAAAAUGCCACGCUUGGGUUUUGCAGGGAAUUUAAACAGGCUAUAACUUAGUACUAGUCUUGGAAUUGGUGAAAGCUUGCAUCAAGAGGAAAGUUCCCUUUGGCUUCUGUGUUGAGGGCUUUCUUUUUCCUCCCCCACUAAUUAUGAACACAUUCAUCUUGUGGGCUGAAGGGAGGUGAGUUCUUUAAACAUGUGAAAUCAAACGUUGGUAUAGAGAUGUGCAUUUGCAGGUUGAUAGGUAGGAACAGAACUGGCGUAACUCCUUCACAUGCUGUGCUGAGCAAGGUGUCCCAUGGCAGCCUUCCCUGUGAUGACCUGUCUUCCAAGACAUGCCACUCUGUGCAGUCAACCCCUAACUGAUGUACCCGGACUUUGAAGCUGAUGGCACAGGAAGCUAAUUCUAUUACAUUUUGGACUUAAUUUCUACAUGACUGUAAGUAGCUUUUCCCUCAUGGACACCAAAAUAUGAAUCUCUUCUGCCAAAUCAAAGUUCUGAUGGUGUUUAUUUGCUAAAUUUGCUUGAAGUGCUGUAUGGAAAAGGAAGAUGGGGAUAAUCAAACACAACCCUUUAUCAUAUAUGGAGUUCCCAGCUGCACUCUGCUCUACAGAAAUGAGAGCUAGCUAUACUGGUCUGAUAAAAUGAGUCGGAAAAUGUAGCUCCCUUUAAUUUCCAAAGUAGUUAAUGCAGCAUUAUUAUUACUGUUUUCUCAGUGUUUGAUAAAAAUCACUAGUGAAUUCAUGCGGUCAGGAAUUCUCCUGUCUCCAAGGUUUUGUUUAAUUAUGAAUUUAAUUUCUUUACUAGAUGGGGAAUCAAGAUAGUCUUGGCUUCGUGUUAUUUUUGUCUUAUAAAAAGUAUUUUUCAAAAAAAAAUUUUAGUUAAACCAAGUUGUUUAAUUUGUUGAUAAUAAAGUUGUUUACAAUAUGCUCCUUUUAUCAUUUAAAAAUGUGUUGGAUCUGCAAUUCUAACUCUCCUCUCAUUCCUAAUAUUGCUGGUAUAUAUUUUCUUUCUUUUUCCUGAGCUGUCUACUGGUUUUGUUUAUUUCAAAGGGUGGGCUUUUGGCUUUGUUAAUUUCCUUCUUCAUCAUCUGCUUUUCUAUUUCAUUGGUUUUUUUUCCUCCCCCGAGCCCGGUGCUGGGGCUUUGUGUGUCCCAGAUAGGAUCCCAAUCGCUGAGCUCCCUCUCAGCUGCUUCUUUUGUUUCUUCUGUUUCUUUUACUUAGGAUUUUCUGUGCUAAUUUCACAGUUUCUUUCCAAGAACGUUUCUAUUGCAUAUGUUUAUUUUGUGUGUAUAUGUGUGUUUAUGAGUGCCAUAGGUCAUGUGUGGAAGUAAAAAAAACAACUUUCAGAGGUUGUUCUCAUCUUCAAUUACAUGGGUUCUGGGAAUCAACCUGGGGUCUUCAGGCAUGACAGCAAGCUCCUUUAUCCACUGAGCCAUUUCCCCAGCACAGCUUUCAUUCUUCUUAAGCAUUAUUUUAGGUUAUUGACUAUAGAGCUCUUUUUUCAUGAUAUGAUAGGUAUGUAUGUAUGUGUGUGCUCUGUAAGCCAGGAAUUUUCCUUUUGUUUAUGUUAUAUGUGUACACAUAUGUAUAUGUAUGUUCAUGUGCAGAGGUGCAUAUGUGGGUGUGUUGGUUAGGAGGGUUUUGGUGUCAUCUUGGCACAGACUAGCAUCAUCUGAAAAAAGAAACAUGAUCUGAGGUUUUGGAGGAGAAUCUUUUGCACUGUGUUUUCGGAUGCUGAUUUCAGUGCCCUGAGAUCUGGUUACCAUCCUGCCAUUGGCAUUGUUAUGUAUGUUGAAAAUCUCCCAUAUACAUGUGAUGUAAGGAAUGCUCCCCAGUUAUCCCUGAUUGGUUAAUAAAGUUGCUAACAGCCUGGGCUGGACAGAAGAAAAGCAGGCAGAGCAAAGGUUCCCAGGUUUGGGGUCUCAGGAGGACCAGGAGGAGAGGAAAAGGGAGAGGACUGAGACAAGAGGAAAAAGGAGCUUGCCAUGGAGUAACCAGGAGUGUGUGGCCAAGAGCAGCUUGAUCUGAGGACUUGCCUGAUGGAGCAGAAACAUCCCAAAUGGAACAUGUGAAAGUCUGGGAUUUUGGAUGGGAAGCAGACAAGAAAACUUAGAAGGUUGAUAUCUGCCCAGAUCUAGUGCUUUAAGGAUUAUUAUAAAUCCAACAAAUUUCUGUGUUUUUUAUUUGUAAAAUAGCUGGUUUAUGAAUAACUGCUACCACAAUCAUUUCCAGUAUUAAUGUAUACAGACUAAUUAAUUCUUUUUACAUUGAGGGAUUGCCUCCAUUGUAUUACCUUUAGGCAUGUCUAUGAGGCAUUUUAUUUGACUUGAUAGGCAGUGCCACCCCUGGACAAGUGGUCCUACAUGCUGUAAGAAAGCAGGAAGAGCAAGCCAUGGGGGGGGCAAGCCAGUAAGCUACAUUCUUCCACGGUGUCUGCCUCAGUUUCUGCUUGAGUUCCGGCCUUGACUUCCCUCAGUGGUGGACUGUGAGGUGGAAAUGAAAGCUCAAGAACCUUUUCCUCCUCUGAGUCAUGUUUGGUCAUGAUGUUUAUCCACCAAUAGAAAACAAGCUAUGGGGCUGGAGAGAUGGCUUAGGGGUUAAGAGCACUGGCUGCUCUUCCAGAGGUCCCGAGUUCAAUGCCCAGCAACCACAUGAUGGCUCACAACGAUCUAUAAUGAGAUCUGGUGCCCUCUUCUGGAGUGCAGGUGUAUAUGCAGGCACAACACUAUACAAAAUAAAUAAUAAAAUCUUAAAAAGGGGGGGCAUCCUUAAAAAAAGAACCAAAGCUAUGACAGUGUGUUGGGGGAAGUAAGUUUUUGAGACAGGGUCUUUCAUUGGCCUGGAGAUCACCAAGUAAGAUAGGCUGGCUGGCCAUACAGUCCCAAGGAUCUAUUUGUUUCUGCUUCCCCAGGGCUAAGAUUUAUAAGCAAGCACCAUUGCUUCCAGCUUUCUUAGUGGGUCCU